AUGGUCUUGUUCCCUAACCCUGAUCAACUCAUAGAUGUGAGUGCUGUCAAAAUCUUCAUGACUCACAACCCGGUGCCUACAUUGCUUGGGGAUAUCCUCCACUCUUUUCACACUCGUACAAUGAGGAAAAGAGGUGUUCUCAUGUGUUACACUCCUCUCCUGGCAAGAUGGUUUAUUUCUCAUCUUCCCCAAUCAGUCUUGAAGAAUGAGCAAGGCUUGAGGUGGUCACAAUGGUUAAUGACACUUAACCAUUCAGAUAUUCAUUGGUGUUCUCGAUCCAAAGAGAAUGUCAUCAUCAUUAACCGUUGUGGGGAAUUCCCUAAUGUCCCUCUUUUUGGAAUUAGGGGAGGCAUCACCUACAACCCUUGCUUGGCUCUAAGACAGUUUGGUUAUGCCCGAAGGGAUGGCCCACAUGAUAUGUUGAUUCAAGGAUUAGUUUUUGACUUCGACAACGACGACCAAGGACUCCGACAAAGAUUCAUCUGA